AUGAAACAGUCAGUCGAUUACUCGCUUUAUCUCGUGACUAAUGCUGAGAUGGUGCCCGAGGGCAUCAGCUUCAUCGAGCAAGUGCAAACAGCCAUUGCCAACGGUGUCACUUUGGUGCAACUGCGUGAGAAGGAGAUUGAUACCAGAACGUUUGUCGAACGAGCCAAAGCUGUCCAUGAGCUCACAAAGAAGGCUGGGAUCCCACUGAUCAUCAACGACCGUGUGGAUGUCGCGUUGGCCAUUGACUGCGAGGGUGUCCAUGUGGGACAAGACGAUAUGCCUGCUGCCGAUGUUCGAAGACUAUUGGGUCCAGACAAGAUUGUAGGUGUGAGUGUUGGGUUUGCCCAUGAGGCCAGGGAAGUGAUUGAGCAAGGCGUGGUGGACUACAUUGGGAUAGGGCCCAUGUUCGAGACCAACACCAAGAAGAACAUGAAGAAGCUGCCCUUUGGACCCCUUGGUGUGCGUGGUGUUUUGCAAGUGCUGAGAGAUGAAGGUGGUGAAAACAUCAGAACUGUUGGAAUCGGUGGUAUCAAUGAUACCAAUGUCCAAAGAGUCUUGUAUACAAGCUCAAUUGCUGGAAGAUCAUUGGAUGGUGUUGCUGUUGUAUCAAAUAUCAUGGCUUCCAAAGAUGCUGGUGCUGCAACUUCUAAACUGUUGAAAUUGAUUAAAUCUUCCACUGGAAAGUAUCUAACCAACAAUUAUCCUUUAGAAAUCACUCCAAAAACUCAAUUAAUCAAAAACGUUACUGAUCUAAAGCCAAUGGUUCAUCAUAUCACAAAUAACGUUGUAAAGACAUUCAGUGCAAAUGUUGCCUUAGCCAUUGGUGCAUCCCCGGUAAUGUCUGAAGAAGUUGAAGAUUUUGGUGAUUUCUCAACUUUCCCAAAUGCUGCCCUGUUGUUGAACAUUGGAACACCAAGAGAAACUGAAAUUGAUACUUAUUUAGCUGCUGUUGCCAAUUAUAACAAGAAUGGUAACCCUGUGAUAUUUGACCCUGUGGGAGCUGGUGCGUCGAAAUUCAGAAGAGAUUUGGUUCGUAGAAUCUUGAAUUUAGGUUACCUAACAGUCAUCAAGGGUAAUGAAGGUGAAAUCUUCACUGCUGCUGGUGUGGAUAAAGUUAUGAAAGGUGUUGAUAAUUUGGGGAAAGAAAACAGAGAUGUUGUCAUUGAAGCUGCAAAGAAGUUGGCGUUAAACACUAGAUCUGUUGUUGUUGUAACCGGUGAAGAGGAUAUCAUCGUGGAUGGAUAUUUGUCUGGUGAAUACAAGAUUCCAAAAGAUGUGAAUCAAAGAGUUGUGACUAUUAAAGGUGGUCAUAGAUUAAUGGGUGAAAUUACAGGUUCAGGUUGUUCUCUAGGAAGUGUAAUUUCCGCUUAUGUUACAGCAAAUAGAAAUGAUCCAUUUUUGGCUACCGUUACUGCAGUUGCUUUGUUCAAUCAAGCUGGUGGUUUAGCUGGUAAAAAAGUUGAAAAUGAAGGUUCUGGUUCUUUUAUUUCUGAAUUCUUGAAUCAAUUACAAAAAGUUACAAAAGAGGGAACCCCUUCACAAUGGAAUGUUGUGAUAUCAGAUAUUGAAUAA